AUGUCAAACGAGCCGGAGAAGGAAGAGUCUCCUUUCCAACGUCUACCCCCACUCCCCCAAGUUCCGCAAUGUGGUAUAUUGUUGCCUGAAAGUUCUCCUCCGGACUCAAUUGGUCGACCUUUCCCUACAUCUUAUGUGAGAGGCGGUCCUCCUGUUGCUGAUGAUGGUUCUCCAGCCUCUGGUAUUGAUGCACCUAAUAUGGUGGUCUCUGAUCGUGCUGAACCUGAUCGUGGUCGUUCAGCCUCCGGACUAUUGCGGGCAGGAGGUUCUCUCCGGGGCCGUCAACCCAAUCCGUAUGGUAUGAGCAGAUAUGACCCUAUUCAUAACAAUGCUCGCACAUUUUACCCCGUCAAUAGCGGUACCAUGAUGUACAAUGGUCCUGCCGGCAAUCCUCCUCCAUACAACUUUGACUUCGUAAACGGUGCCCGUGGUCACAGUCGUUAUCGUACUCGCCGUCCCCCGCACUCUGGACAGACACAAGGUUCUGUGACGGAUCAAAGUCACCCUUCCUCAGCCGUUCGACGCCAACCAAUUCCUCCCCCUUCUCUUGCUUCUGGUACAGCUAGUACAACCGUUCGAGCUACUCGCAUGACUGCAGUUCCAGCUCCAGCUCCUCCAAUUGCUCCAGCUAUUCCAGUCUCUAGUUCUACUCGUUCUCACACCCAAAAGCAAGCUUCCGCAGGCGUCAAAAAAAAUAUGAAGAAGCCAGCUGCGAAGAAAUCAACUGCGAAGAAAUCAGUUGCGAAGAAAUCAACUGCGAAGAAAUCAACUGCAAAGAAACCAGUUGCGAAGAAAUCAACUGCGAAGAAAUCAACUGCGAGGAAAUCAACUGCGAAGAGGCCAUCGAAAGGUCGAAGCAGCUUUUGUAUUCCCCGCACCCAACUCAAGGAGGUCGAACUUGCAGCUAUCCGUGCUGGUUACGGCACUCUUUUGCCACGCAAGAAAGCCUUCAAAAAUACUCCUCCCGGAUCUUAUGUAAACAUCGAGAUCACGAUUGGCGAAUGGCAACGUCUUCGGUCUAUCAGAGAUAAUGGUGCUGAAGAGCGCCAGGCUUACUACGAUAAACCAAGACCAAAAGAAAUUGAGAACGCGAUGGUUGAGGCGAGUGCGAGGUAUGAGAAAACUUACGAGAAGGAAAGAGCAAAGGCCAGAAGCAAGGGUUAUCCGGAAGCUAUGCCCUUAGCAGAUAGAUUCCCUGUUGUUGCCCUUGCUGUUGCUCCAGUCGUUGCUGCUAAUGCUGCAGACUCUACUGAAGAUCAAGAAAUGGUCGAUGACGAUUCAGUCUCGCCUGAAAGUAGUCUCUAUGGUGAGAGCGAGGAUGAGGAUAUGGAGGAGGAAUAG